UCAUUCAACGACACUUUCUUGGCAACAAUGGACCAAUUGAUCAAAGUUUGUUUUGUUGUUUUGCUCCUGAUACAAUUUUCAUUAUUGAUAAAACUAAGGCAAGAAGAUUAUGAUAUGUGUUUAAAACUAGUUUCCGGAGUUUCAUUUUCAAAAGCUCCAAUUGAUGACAUUGCAAAGGACUACUUUGAUUGCGGAACCAAACUAUGUGCAUCUUAUGGCAAGGAUUACAUUUUUAAAAUCUGUAAUGCCGCUCAUCAUGACAUAUGUGACGCCGAAAACUAUUCUCAUCCUAUGCAAGAGUUGCCAAAUAAAACGUGUAUAAGUGGAUGUUCGUGCUCAGAGUACCAUUGUUUUGACCUUUCUUUAAGAAGAUGUGUGAAUACACUAGAUAGACAUUCAACCGAUUCAACAGUUACACAAUCAAGUGAACCCAUUAUUAUUAAAGAAUCUCCGUCAUCAAAUCCAUGGCUUUUACAACCUCCUUAUUCAUCCAUAGAUUCAAGACACCUUAAUCCUUUGUCGCAUAGCGUAGGUACAAAUUUCAUUCCACAAACAUUAUCUAUAUGGCGACAGACAUUACCAGUUACAUUAUACAAAAAAUCAUCGAUUGAUUGGCAACAAACAUCACCACUGUCAUCAAAUAAGUUAGCAAAUCAAUUAACGGAGAAGUCACUAGGUUUAUGGCAAUCAACACCAAAUAUAGAUAUGCAAUUUAAACGAAGUAAAUCACAAACGUUACCACCAUUAGCACCAAACUUCUUGUUGCAUCCACAAGUAUCAAAUCCGUGGACACAACAAUCAGAGCAAAAUUUAUGGCAUCAGCCACCAGCAAUCGCAAGGAAAGAAGUCUCGCUACAUGAAAAACAAGAAUCACGUCCACCAAAUUUAAUACAUUAUCCAUAUUUAAGAACACAAAAUUUAAAACCAAAAUCAGUUAAUGUGUCAUUGCCUCAGAAACGUUGGCAACGAUUUCAAUUUCCUGGAUAUAAUUGGCCUCCGUUCCCUGGUUUUCCUGAUAUAAACUCAUUGUUUCAAGGCAGUGGUGGUAGUGGAGGCAGUGGAGGAAGUGGAACCAAGUGGUUCAUAAUCACAAACCAACCGAUAAAUCCAACCGAUGGCGAUAAGAAAUUUCCCCAUCAGGGUUUUCCUGAUAUAAACACUUUAUUCCCAGGAAGUGGAUGGGCCCAAGUUUUACCUCAAGGUGGUGAUGGCGGUGAAAGCUUCUCUAAGUUUCCUAAACCUGUUUCAGAUAAAUUACCCCCAGCUCCACCUGAUUGGGAAUCAAAUUCAAAUGAAUUUCCCCCAUUUCCUACAGGUUGGGAACCAAAGUCGGAUGAAGGAGGUGCCCAACCAGAGCCACCUUCUCGACCUGCUCCACCUGCAAUAUCGCCAAGUGGUUCAUCUGAUUCUACAUCAAAUAAAGAUAGUGAGAAGCUGUUUAGUGGCAUACCAGAAAAACUUAUAAAUUUUGAUGAUCCCGUUCCAUACGUAGAUCUAACUGAAUUUUUAGAUGAUGAAUAGUUUGCUUGUGGUUAAAGAAACCUGGUAUUUUGUUUCUGUAAAAUUUAUUGAAACUGAAAAUUCCG